AUGUCCUUGGUGCCUUUCUCCUCGCACAAGGAUUCAGAGAAAUAUGCCGUCAUAAACUACACGAACUACAAAUUACAAACCAGUUGGACCAAUUUAUCAGCGAGAGAACAGAAUGUACGUUUGCGCAAGCCUUACAACUUUAGAGAGGACAAGCACAGAAUAUUUCGUCUGACGGAGAUCGGAGCUGGACAUCCCUGGGAAGAGCCCUCGCCACCCUCAGUGAUGCAGUCGGCAGCGGUGGACAUGGUGGGCAGGAGACCGUCGUAUGAUGUGCAAAGACUGGCGGACCGACGAGAGAAACGAGGCGGCCAGCCCGGUAACAAGGCGGUCGGUGCUCGGAUGCGAAGUAUUGAACGUGCGUUCAGGCACGUAAAGCCUUCACACGAAACGAGUUUCACAAGUUAUGUACCACUGAGCGGUGAAAUGGAGAUAUUUGCUUUGUACACUAAGCUCGUUCAGGGUUGCGCUGUGGCGAACAGUAUAAAGCCAGGAAUCAGCGCAGAGUCCCAAAGGUUCAGUGAAGCGACCGAAAGACAACAGAAAGCACUCGCUACAGAAAUCAUGAACUUCGCAACUCUCUCUGUUUACGUCGCAGCGGUCUUCGCAAGCCUGGUUGCGGCCAGCCCAGUCGCCGAACCUCAGCCUACCGUGUCUCCUAUUUGUGCUAUUCAAUGUGUGCCGGGUGUCACUAUUAACGCACCGGGUUGCCACUGCCCUUAA